AUGCUGCUGCUAAUGGCCCUGCUGCUUCUGAGACUGGACUGCUUGCUCAGCGCCCCAACUGGUAGAGAUGUCUACAGGAUGCCCCAGAGUGCACUCAAAGCUCUGUCUGAGCGGGGUACUGUGGUUCUAGAAGCUGCCAUGACCAGUGCCCUGUCCGCUCUUGAGCGUACCUUAUCAGAGAGAAGUCGGGCUGAAGCAGACUGCCGGGGCUGUGUCCCCUGUCUGUUUCAAGACUGUGGACAGCUGUCUGGGUCCUGCUCGUCUUCGGCCAGUGCCUUAUCAGAGCCCAGCUGUGAAGUCAUCACUAGGGCUCAGAAGCUUCAAAACGAAGCAGAGCGGAGUUGGGCUCUCAGCCAGGCCUGCGCAUACUACCAGCAUCGAUGCCCACCUGAUGAACUGGGCAAGGAGAGCUGCAUCAGGAUCAUGGGUGAGAGCUGCAGCACCCGUGUCCUGCAGUGCAGCCUGUUCAACACAGUGCAGAACCUGGAACCUGCUACACAAGCACAUGCACAGGCAGUGUGUGGCCAGAGGUCGUCCAAAGUGCAAAACAUCACACAGCCUCGCUCCAGGAUUGUGGGUGGUUCCCCUGCUCCUCCUGGAAGCUGGCCCUGGCUGGUCAACCUGCAGCUAGAUGGAGGUCUGAUGUGUGGAGGGGUCCUGGUGGACAGCUCCUGGCAGCCGUAG